ACACGACUGGAAAAUGUCCAACGGUGAUAACGACAAGUAUGCACCCAGGCCGACUAUUUGUACCAACCCACAAAACACAUCCACGCUGCGCGUCGUGCCGUGUCUAACAUGCGCGAAUAACCAAAUUCCUUGAUUUCCCAUGUGCUGUUGUAUCGUGAGUGACCGAUUAGUCCCGCGACUGGGUCAGCACGGCUGCAAUCCUGCAGGCCAGCUAGCUACAAAGAGGUAGUAAACGAGCACACCAAGGAAAUGUCAUACUGCUCAAACAUCCCUAUCCACUCUUCUCCCUCGUACCCUGGUUAAAGCAGCCCAUUUAUUGCCUUAGUAGGUGUAAACGUCCCGUAUGUAGAUGGAAUUGUGUAAGUGAGCUUGGUGAAGUUCGUACCGAUCGACCGAUCCUAAGACCGUUUGAGAUAUCCACUCGCUCGCUUGCUCGGCGGACCCCAGUCGCCCCCAUCGCUCGAUCCAUUUUGAUAAGUGGGGAAACACGUCUCGGUGCACGCGCGUUGCAUGAGAAGCGUUGUAUUAUAUCCACCUCUUUCCCAAAUUCGAGUAGUUCUUCAGUGGCUAGUCCCUUGUAGGAACGGAAAGAUUGGAGGGAGUGAUGUGUUAGACGUUGAGGCUCUUAACCUUGUAGAAUCGCUGGUUGACAAUUUCGUGAUCGUCGUGGUAUCCCCCGAUCAACGCGCUCAGAAUGACUGCAAACACGGUGACAUGCCAGGCGACUCGGCAAUGAUGUGUGCAUAUGUUGUAUUUAUCCCGGUAUAUCGCGUGACGAGCAACACCGGUCAAAGUAGCCGGUUACAUAUGUAUGUAGAACUCACAACAAGUGUAUGGCGGCUGAGAAGCAAAUCUUAG